CCACUAUAUAAUAAAAUAAGUGAGCAUUGAUUUGCUUGUAUUCAACCAAAAUCAUGGGGUCAUCAGUUUGAGAGGCAAUAAUGUUUUACACUUAAAAAUGUUUGGUUAUGUUUGUCUACUUUACCAACAAAACUGUUACUUCAAAAAACUUAUUAUAUAGUCUAAAGACGAUCCAAAACAUUAGUCGACUAUUAAUUGAUAGAUCUGUAGACCAGAGGGAAGGGAAGGGAAAGGAAGACAAAAGUUUUUAUACCAAAAACUUCUUGACUUUACUUUCAUUACAAAAAACAGAGUAUCACUACAGCUAUUAAUAUUAUUAUAACGGAAAGCAUACAAAUACCACCGGUGCCCUAACUCAAAAUGGGUAAUGGCAUGAACAAGAUUCUGACCGGUCUUUACAUCGGAAGUGUCAGAGACUCUAAAGACAUGGAACAGCUGAAGACCAAUUGUAUUACACAUAUUAUAUCGAUUCACGACAACGCAAGAAAAGGUGGUCUUCAAGACAUUGAAUAUUUAUGUAUAUUAGCAUCAGAUUCUCCAAAUCAAAACUUAAGUCAAUUUUUUCCUCAGUGCAAUGACUUUAUACAUUGUGCCCGACUUUCAGGCGGAUCUGUUUUUAUACAUUGUCUGGCUGGUGUUUCCCGUAGUGUCACUAUAGCUGUUGCUUAUCUAAUGUCAGUCACAUCAUUGAAUUGUAAGGAAGCGUUAGAAGCACUUCGUGGCGCCAGAAGUAUCUCUGCGCCAAACUAUGGUUUUCAAAGACAGUUAGAAGAGUUUGAAUUGAGACGACUUAAGGCUGAAAGAAAACGAUUGAAUACUAAAUUUUCACAAAAGUUAUUUCAGAUUCAAGAUGAAGAAGAAGUACGCAAACUAAUUGGUAAUUAUCACAGUAUAAUACAUUCACCAGAAGGAUCACAUAAGUCUACAUCAAUCCCUGUAUCAAAUCCCAGAAGUGAAUCGUCAUCACCGAUGGGAACCUCUCAAUCAUCACAACUCACAAGUCCUCAAUUGGGCACAAGUUAUAGGCGAUCACCACAUGUUAACAGAAAACUUAAUAUACGUUUGUUUAAGGAUAACAAAACACUUUGA